AUGGAUAUUCCCGGCGCACACAUCUUCGGCUUGGUGGCUAUUAUCAGUGCAGUCACUGCGACUGCUUUGUUUCUGUACUUGCUGUUCUUUUAUGUUGACGUUCCGAAAAUCAAGGGCAUCCCUGAGAUCCCUGGCGGCGAACUGCUUGCUGGGCAUUUGUACCGGUUGGGAUCCGAUCAUGCUACGACAGCAGAGACUUGGGCCAGAACAUACGGAUGGCCAGCGUUCCAGCUGCGUAUGGGUCGCCGAAGAGCCAUCAUGCUCAACUCAUUCCAUAGCGCUCAGGAAUUCUUAGUGAAGAAUCAAUCAGCCACGUUAGACCGUCCAUGGUUCUACACUUUUCAUGGCGUUGUGUCCAAAACUUCGGCUGCCACGAUUGGCACCAGUCCCUGGGACGACAGGACGAAGAAGCAGAGGAGAGUUGUUGGUUCGUACACAACGGGACCAGCUAUCCAGAGGCUACGGCCGAUGCUGGACAUGGAGACCUGCGCCGUCGUGUCUGCAAUGUAUUAUGACAGCAAAGGUGGUGAGGUAGAGCUUAUUCCGCAUAUCUAUCUCCAACGCCUGGCGUUGAACGUGAUGACCAUGUUCUGUUAUGGUACUCGAUUCACCAGCACUACGGACCCUAUUCUGUUGCAGAUCUUGAAAGAUGCGAAAACCAUUGCCAGCUUUCGAUCAACGAAUGCUAACCCGCAAGACUUCAUCCCUCAUCUACGCUACUUGAGCAAAAGUAAGCGCAGUGAAACGGCCACGGAAGUUCGUGGUAGGCGCGACCAUUGGCUGGCAACCAUGCUUGAGGGGGCCCGUCAAAAAGUUGGGCCACAGUCAGCGGCGAAGAAGACCGUCGCCGAAAUGCUCUUGACCGACAACACAGAGGGGUUAACCGAACUUGAUGUCAAGACGAUCCUGGGAGGCCUCAUGUCUGGUGGGUUUGAGACAGUGUACUCGACUGCCAUCAUUGCUCUGGGUGUUCUAUCACGAGCCGAAGGCCAAGAAAUACAACAGCGCGCCUACGAUGACAUAAUGAGUGUCUACGACACACCGGAAGAAGCCUUCGACCAAUGCUUACUGGAGGAGAAGUCCCCAUAUGUUAUGGGUCUUGUAAAACAGUCUCUGCGCUACUUUCCACCGUUGAAGCUGUUGCCAGCAAGGCAAACGUACAAGAGCUUUGUCUACCAAGGCGCAGUCAUUCCCAAGGGACUCUUGGUCUACACGAAUACCCAGGCAAUAUCUCGAGAUACCAGCGUCUACGGUCCUGACGCUCAUCUAUUCCGUCCCGAGCGCUGGGUUGGUAAAGACUGCCAGAUCCCACCUCCCUCUCACUUCGCUUUCGGUGCGGGCGCUCGCAUGUGCACAGCAGUGAAUUUCUCCAACCGCAUCUUGUAUGCUAUGUACUGCCGGCUGAUCUUAUCCUUCAAAAUCACCGAGAGCAAGACCAUGCCAGCAGAUAUAGAUUAUAUCAGCUACAAGAAAGACCCGGCCGAUUCGAAUGCAAUUGCAUCGGAAUUCAAGAUCAAGUUGACCGCUCGAGAUCCAGCGACUCUGGAGAGAUGUUUCGAAAGGUCACAGGAAGUUGCUGAACCUAGCAAUGAAGGGUUGCCACGUGAAGAGCUUAAGCGGAAUUAG